UUAUUUUUUAUUUUAUGUCUUUUGUUCUUUCAUCCGUUGCUGGGUAAAUUGCAGGUCAAACGUAUCUUUCGUGUGUGUCGAGCCUUGGAGACGUUAGCAGUGGAUUUGGGGCGUGGUCUCUCUCUCUCUCACACACACACACACACACACACACACACACAGAAAGGGGAGCGGGGGGGGAGAGUUACGUCUCAUUGUGAAACUUUCCACCAUCUGCACCUGAACAUUUGCCAACAAACACGAGGCGGGUAUAUAAAGUUCCCGGGAAGGUACCGCGGCACCUUUUUAGCGCCGCAGAGCUCCGGAGCUCCUCGUCCCCUUCCCACACACACAUACGCACGCACACGCACACGCGCACACACACACAGCGCCAUGCACUUGAGCGCAUGUAGUACGUGGAGCCACCUCAUAUUCGCGCUGUGUGUUGUGCUCAAGAACUGCCACGCGCUGAAGAACGACGCCACCGAGAUGCUGUACACGCACGUGGUCGGGGCCGUGCAGGAGGCCCCCAGCAACGCGUCCCUGAACCGCGCGAGGAACGGCGGGAGGAACCUGGGCAGCAGCGCGGCGCACGAGCGGCGAGAGCGAAGCCAAGUUGGAUGCAGGGAGCUGCGAUCCACUAAGUACAUCUCUGAUGGCCAGUGUACCAGUGUGAACCCCAUAAAGGAGCUGGUGUGCGCUGGCGAGUGCCUCCCGGCUCAGAUGCUGCCCAACUGGAUCGGCGGUGGCUACGGGAGGAAGUACUGGAGCAGACGUAACGCCCAGGAGUGGCGCUGCGUCAACGACAAGACCCGAACCCAGCGUAUCCAGCUGCAGUGUCAGAAUGGCAGCACAAGAACGUACAAGAUUACAGUGGUGACCUCCUGCAAGUGUAAGAGAUACUCCAGGCAGCACAAUGAGUCGGGCCACAAGUUUGGGGAGCAGUCACAGCCCCAGCUUCUCCACAAGGUGAAAGCCAAAAGGAAGAGUCCGAAAGGAAAGCAGGAUGACGACUGGGACAAAGUAGAACCCAUAAACUAAAGGUCCGAAUAGCCGCGGUCCUGGAUUACUGCUCAAGGUGACAGAUUGGCCAAGACUGUGCUCCUGACCGCCAUUUGUGGACCGUGGAAGGACUGUAUGUUUCAUGGUUCAGAGUUCUGGAUCUGAGGCAAUCUGACUGUUUAUUCUUCCAUAGGAGAACAUGGCUUCGAAGGUGCAGCAGAACCAGAAUGUUCCUUGGACCACAAAUAUGAACUUUGUUACAUUUAAAAAAAUCAUAUUAUUUAAGAUCUGAUGCAUAAAGAAUCAUGGUUUUUGUAGCAUGUAAAAGAUUUACGUAAAAUAUUGGAUAGAACUGUAAACCUUGCAUGUCAAAAUAG